AUGGACUUGGCCUUCUGUGGUAUUGUGGGAAGAUAUAUUGUAGUGUAUCUUGAUGAUCUUACUGGUUUUUCUAAAGAUCGUGAGAAUCAUCUUUUUCACUUAAAAGAUGUACUUGAAAGAUGUUGCAAGCAUGACAUCUCCCUUAAUCCCAAGAAGUCAGUUUUUGGGGUGACCGAGGGAAAAAUCCUUGGUCAUAUUGUUUCCAAGAAAGGGAUAAAAGUUGAUCCUGAAAGGGUUAAAUCUAUUCAAACUCUUCCUUUGCCGUCCAACAAGGUCGUUGUUCAUUCCUUGUUUGGUAAGGUAAAUUUUUUGUGGAUAUUCAUUCCCGACUUUGUAGAAAAGACUUGUCAUAUUGUGGAUAUGAUGAAAGGAAAGACUUCUUUCCAUUGGAAUGCAGAAGGCAAAGCUGCCUUCAAUGAUAUCAAAGAUGCAAUUGCUCAUGCACCCGUGUUGGAAAAGAGGAAUAUCAAGCUGAAAGCUGUGAACUUUGUAUUAUGGGAUACUGGUUUGUACAAAAGAGCAAUUGAUGGUACUUUUGUCCGUUAUAUUGACAAAGCACAACAAACCAAAUUGUUGGAAUCUUUCCAUGACAAGGCUUGUGGAGGUCAUUUUUAUACACCAGUGAUUUCUCAUAAAAUUUUGAGAGGUUAUUUGUAUAUUCUUACUACUACAGAUUAUUUCACUAAGUGGGUGGAAGCAAUAUCGAUAAAGAACGCUACUUCUGAGAUAGUGUGCAGAUUCCUCAAGGAGAAUAUUAUUUCCAGAUUUGGUGUUCCAUACAAGAUCUUGUCUGAUAAUGUAGCCACCUUUUCUUCCUCUAAAAUUUCACAAUUUUUCUUUGAAUAUAGUAUUUUGUUAACUCAGUCAUCUGAUUAUUACCCCCAAGACAAAAUUACAUCCAAACGAGCUAUUGGUAUGUCACCAUUUCAACUUAUUUAUGGGAUCAAUGCAGAGAUACCCGUUACUUUGGAACUUCCUGCCCUUAAGUUGGCUAAAGCAAUUAAAGAUCAAACUUUUGAGAAUGCUUUAGACAAGAGGAUCAUGUAUCUUUCUCAGAUGGAAGAACAAAGAACACAAGUGGUGGACCGGAUCACUCAGCAUCAACAACAAGUCAAAGUUCUUUUCGACAAAAAAGCAAAGCAAAGAGGAUUCCAAGUUGGUGAUCAUAUUUUGAUAGAAGGACAACAAGAGAUAGAUAUUCAUGAGCAAUCAAUUGACAACUCCACAUUUGUUCUAGGAGUUCAAACCGAUGAGAAGGUUGAGAUCAAUUUGUCAGAUGAAGGGAAGACUGAGGAUGAUGUUGGGAAGGUUAAGGUCAAGACUGAGAACUCUGGUCCAUGA